AUUUGAUACUAAUUUGUGUAUGUGUGUGUGUAAAAUGCGAUAAAUUAUAAUAGUUGAAAUAUAACAAAAGUGAAAGUACAAAAACGUUUUGAAAUACGACUGAAAAGACAUAUUAGUUUCGUUAAAUGAUUAAAACUUUUAAAAAAUAUUAUUUUAAUAAUAUAUAAUCUUUCUUAAAAGAUAAUUCAGUAUUAAAUGUAUUAAAUGUAAUUAUAUCAUUUUAAUCAUUUAGUAAUUGUUCUUAUUGUUUUCUUACAUCUCCGAGUUGUACAAGAGAAUGAUAUGUGGAAACAUGUUUUAUUUGAAAAAUUUUUAUCAAGAUAUGGAAAGUAAGAAAAUAAUUGUAACACAACUGAAAAUCAUUUGCGUUAGAUAGUGUACUUUUUUUUAUUAAACAGUUUGCUCGUACACGACGUAAAAUGGAAAAAAAAUUACCUAUUCUGGCAUCUGAAAAAAAAAACCAUCGAUUUCCAUUAUCUAAAGGUCUUCGGCUAAAGAUACCGACGAGCGCCACAACUGGCGAGGUAAGCGUGCAGGGUUGCUCGGUCGAGUGGUGGUCUGCGGUUGAUAAGGGCAUUCCAGGCGGUAACUUCGAACGCCUCGAUUGGCGGCUAUUUGGAGAAAACGGUCCUUCAACCGGAGCUCUUGUCUUCGGAAGGAUGAAGUAUUCGCAGUCCGAGGUAGAACGUCGACGUCGUUCCUUCUCCAGGAACCGGAUUAUUUAACAGUUAAUCGAAAGAAAAAAUAAGCCUUGUAUUUUGUUUAAAAGAAAAAGGAAAAGACAGAUCAAAAAUCGCGAGGUGAACAUCCGACAAGCGUAUCGAAAUAGAAUCCUAUCUUUACGAGCGCUGCGAUUUUAUACAUUGUUAAGUCUGUUAAAAAAUAUAUCGAUCGAUACCGAUCAUUUAAAGUGCAGUAUUCCAAUGUUAUGGGAGUCAAUCCUCUGAUAAAAUCCGUGGCAUUUCCGCCUUCGUCCAAAACGCUUCGAGAAUCUGCCAUGCGAACACCGGGAUACUGGCUGCUGUUAGUCAUGGGUGCAUUUUUUGUCUGCUGUUUGUGGAGGAUCGGCUCGAUCAGCUGGAGUUCCAGCAUGCGCGCGAAAGCACUGAUCCACUUCGACCUGUCGAUCCCAUCGUCAUCGUCGUCGUCAUCGUCGUUGUCGUCGUUGUCAUCGUCGUCAACGUCACGUCGACCUCCCUUCGACAGGACCGACGCGAAAGUCUCUCGCGACGCCGAACGCCGGAAACAUCGGAGCAUCCUGUCCAAGUACAUGCUGCAGUUGUACCACAGGCGUCCGGACGCCGAUGUCGUCCGCGCGAUUCAGCCGGUGCACACCUCCGGUCCGCUCAGCGACGGCGGCAGGAUCCUGGAGUUUGCGAUCCCAUCCGUCGGCGUCGACGAGAUGCUAAAGGCUGCCGAAUUACUCGGGAUAGCCGGCGCGAUAAUCAGAGUGCGAUCGUUGAAUGACCUGUCGCCGACGAGGAAUGAAAGCGAAGAGAUCCGGAGAUCCAGGAAGGACGACGCCUGGCGAGCUUUCGACAUCACGUCCAUCGUCGCCGGCAGGGACGGUGGCAUCAUCAAGCUCUACGUCCACGGCAGGUUGACCUAUCGUCCUUACGGCGACAAUCCGAUUCUCCUGCUGAAUUACAGCAAGGUAAAGGGCAUCCAGCGCCAUCGUCGAGCCAUCGUGGAGGAUCAAGAGGAUCAGGAUCGCUGGGAGGACGAGUUGCCGCUGCGAAGACGACGCCGGAACAGCUGUCGCCGGCGUUCCAUGUACGUCGACUUCGCCUUGAUCGCGUACGACGAGUGGGUGGUUGCGCCGCCGGGAUACGAGGCUUAUCAGUGCACGGGCAAGUGCUUCUUCCCGCUGGGCGAUCACCUCAGCCCGACCAAACACGCGAUAGUUCAGACGUUGAUGCACGGCGCUUUUCAGACCAGCGAGGAUCUCCGUGGCAACAAAUUCAUCGGUAGAGCUUGCUGCGUGCCUACCAGACUGGCGCCCACGAGUCUACUCUAUCUGGACGCCAGUGGUACUUUGACCUACGAGUACGGCUACGAGGACAUGGUCGUCUCCGAGUGCGGUUGUCGUUAAUCAAUGAGAUAAGAUUAGAUGUUGCAGACAGUGGACGAACACGUGUUUUUCGCUUUUUUUAAUUAACAGAAAUAACGGAUGUUGCGUAGAAACGAGCAUACAAAAAUGCAGAAUAUAAUUUAAAUACAGUUGAACCCAGAUGCGUCAUGAUCUUCGAAGGAGAGAAAAAAAAAGGAAAAAGAAAGAAUAUAGAAGAAUACAUCUUCAUUUCUUAUAUAUAAUAUAUACAUCUUCAUUCGCGUAACAUUAAAAGUAAAACUAAGAUAAGAAAUGUAAAACAAGACGAAUUAGAGUCAAAUUAUGUUUCAAAUUAUGUUUUAUAUACCAAAGUGAUCCUGUUAAAAAUUAAUUCUUAAGAUUAACCAAAAAUAUUUCCGAUUUUUUAAAUUUUAUCUUCUUUAUCCAAAUUUUUAAAACAGUUUUCACAUAACAAUAUUAAUCCCAUAAAUACGGUAACUAAUUAUGAAAUAAAAUUGCGUAACAUCACUGUGUUCGUAGAAAACUUCGAAUAUCAUACCGAGGUUCAAAUGUUGCAUUAUCAUUAGAUUAUUAUACUCAGAUGCCACUCCUACACUGAGAAUCACAAUAAAAAAAUAACAGUUUCA